UGAACUCACUGUCCUUAAUGGUAGCUACAACCCAGUUUUUAACCACAGGGACACUUUUUAAAUAUUGUUUGAUUUAAAAUAAAGCGAGAAAGGACUUUCUGAGACCAUUUUGCAGCUUGAAGUUGUGCGACCUGCAGCCAUGGAUGUUGCUGAGCGACGCGUUGCCAGGCAACAAAGCCUGACCUCUUCGACGCUGGGAGCUAAACUUUUAACGCACUUUAUGUUGGCUUAGUUCAGUGUUUUUAGCUAAAUUAACUAUAAAAUACAGACCAGCUGCUGCACUUGCUAAAUAACAACUAGUUAAUGGAAGGUAAACAGAAAGUUUAACUUAGUUUUAGACUGAUACCUGCAGUAUAAAUCUUCAUAGUAGUGAUUUACAGCAGGUUAGCGUUUGUGAAUAUGAGGAUUUAGCCCAAGAAGUAGCUAAAAGUGCCAUGGACAAUUAAAUGCCACAUACCGCAGCCACAAGCAAAAAGCACAUUUUUAUUGAGGAAGUGCAAAAGGUCCUGCCUAGGAAGUUGAGGAGAUGGUGGCCCCAGGAGAGGAGAGCAGAACAACAACAGUGCUCCUUCCUAGUCCAACCCUGAGGCUGCAGUCUCAAGGGAUAAGGACAUCAAAUGGGAGGAAGCUGGGAAAGCAGAAUUCGCUCAGCUGUGACGUGAAGGAAGCUACAGGCAAGGUAAUACACUCAAAGAGCAAGCAGCAUGUGUUCACUCACGGCCUCCACCGCCUUCAACAUUUCUCUUAUGACAGCCCUGUGCGUUACAUGAUGUAUUCUGAGUCCGCAGCAGUAUUCAUUAGCCUCCACUCAGACAACACAGUCUGCCUCUACAAACUUGAUGGCCACAAGCGGACUUCUUUACUCCACUCAACACGUUUCUCAUUCAUGGGCCUGACUGCUACAAAGGUGUCUGGCUGUCUGGUGGGCUGGGGCCCGGGGCCUGUUUUCACAUUUCUAGAUAAGGAUUUACAGCCCCUGGAGGCUGCUCAUGAUGCUCUGGACAUACGUAUGUGUCAGGCUGCGGAGCACUCUACAGAGCUGGUGACCGCAGGUGUGGGGAACGUGUGUGUGUGGUCGGUGAUGCUCAUGAGGUGUAAGAUGAAGAUAACGGAGGGGCUGGAGAACAGAACUUUCACUCAGAUGGCCUUGGCUGCCCCUCGAUCUGACAGGCCCCACAGGGCCUUCGUUGUGAGUGGGCGAGUCGUGACGGUGGUCGACCUCAAAGCUGGGAAGGUUUUGGAGCACAAGAAGGAUCUUUGCUCACGGGAUAUCACUGCAAUAGUGUACUGCUCUCACCUGGACUAUUUGAUCAUUGCAUCUCAAGAGCUGUCCAUCAGAGUCUGGGGUCCAAACUGGGAGCUACGUGUGGCUUUUGUAGGACAUAAUGGUGUGGUGAACUCACUGUUCUACUGCUCUGAAUUACAUAUGCUACUAUCAGCCUCUGUGGAUUGCACGAUCCGUUGCUGGGACUUGGAGGAGGGUGAUGUGGUCGAGUGUGUACACACGGAGCAGAAAACCCCUCCAUUAUGCAUUGGCGGCAGUAGAAAGGGAGAUACCUUCUUCUCUUUCUCUCACCAGGGAGUGGACUUCUGGGCCAUCAGAAGCUUGUACACCCUCCACUGUAAACUGGGAGGUGACAAAAGAGUCGCAUUGAGACAAAUCCUAGUCUCACCCUUCCCUGCUCCUUUCCCUACACGAGUCCUCUGUGUCAGCGGGGACAGUGAUAUCGCUCUGGUGGCUGUAGAAACAGGAGCAGUGUUAACUUCUUUCAAGGCAGAGCAGAGGAUUUUGUGUGCUGACUACUGCCUGCACAAAGAGAUUCUGUUGGCCCUGACUGAGGCAGGUACAGUGCUCCAGGCCAACACAUUAACUAAUCCAAUCACUUUAAUGCAAGAGUGGCAGGGGAGAGGCCAGGGCCCCUGGCAGAUGAGGGACCAUGUGACAGAAAAUGACGCCCAGAAUCUGCCAAUCCCUGGUCUGGCUUGCUGCCUGGCACUCUACAGUUAUGUGGCUGAAACACAGGGAGCCCUUGAGGACUGGAGUAGUUUGCAGGAGAGAAGAGGAUGCAGUCAGAGAAACAAGGCAGCUCUGGAUGAUGCCAAGAAUAAGUUUUUGAUAAUGCUUGGCCAAAGUGGAGGCUGUGUGAGCAUUUUGAAACUGGAUAAUGGGAAGGUGUUGUACAGGACGCCAGCACACAGUGGCCAGAGAGUCACCGCACUGCAGGCGUACCCUGAGAAUGGCUGCCUACUCUCCUCAGGUGAAGACAUGACAGUGGUAGUGUGGAGGGUGAACCCCUACGUCCAGGAGUGUCUCAGCAUACAGCUGAGCCUGCACUGUGGCCAACCUCAAAUCUACCUGGCAGUGCUGGGGCCCCAGCUGGCCCUGACCUUUCAAGAGCCCAGCAGUGGCACCUACAGCCUGACGCACAUCAACCUGCUCAACCAGAGACGGACUGAUCAUCCACCCAGGGAAGGACAUUUAGACCACUUCACAGGACUGUGUGUGUGUCCUGAUCUGGAGGUGUUUGUGUCCAGCAGUCUAGAUGGGACAGUGCGUAUCUGGAACGAGGAGAAUCGCCUCAUCAGGACAUUCCAGCUGAAUGCAGUGCCUGAGUGUGUGGCUUACAGUGGAUUUAGAGGAGAAAUGUUCCUGGCCAUCGGAGGGGACCUGUACAGGAUGAGCUGUGCAAAUUUUCUGCCACACAACUACCAACAAAUGCUCCUUUACACCUACAAUGCUGAGCCUAUUCCUGACUUUCCUAUCCUCACGAAGGAAAAGAAAGAUAACAAAAUGAAUAUCGAUGCAAACAGAACUGCUAGCAGAGCCAAAGAUGAGGAAGAGGAAGCAAUUGCCAGCAAUCGAUUAAUGACUGAAGACGUGUGCAGACAGAAGCAGGAUGAAGGCUUAGUGACCUCAAACAUGGACCUCACUGCACUCCUACUAGGCACAGUAAAGUGCAAAAAAGAAAAGCCUGCCAGUACAAAGGAAACCAGGAGAGAGGCCUUUGAUCACUACAUGAAAAUAAUAUAUAGGUUGCCUGCCAAUAUUAAGAUUGAGUUGGAGGACACAUUUGACCCAAAUAAACUGUCAUUUUAUCCUGAACCAUAUGAGAAAAAGCCCUACAAACCCCCCAGCAAACCACCCAGCAGACCCCCCAGCAAACCCCCCAGCGAACCCCCUACAUUAGAGAAGGUCGUCCGCCCUAAAUUAAACAUUCCAGUGAAUGUGGAAAAGAAGAAAUGCGAGGAAAAAAUGGCUCCAGUAAUAAACUCUAAACCAAAGACCCCGGUGAAAGUCAAGCCACAGCCUGUUAUAUUGGUUGACAAAGUUAUCCCAGAGAAACCUGUCAUAGUGGAGAAGGAGGAAGAGUCUCAGGAGAUCAUUCCUCCAAAAGAGCAACCUAAACCCACCCUAAAACCUCCUACUCCACCUGCUCGUCCUGCUCCACCUGCUCGUCCUACUCCACCUGCUCGUCCUACUCCACCUGCUCACACCCCUGAGGUGCCGGCGUUCCUCAAACAGUUUACAGAUGCAGGCUGGUUUAAAGACUUGUACCAUGAUAAUAAGAGUAUCCCAAGCAGCUUGUCUCCAGAGGAUUUCUCUCUGCAACUUCUCCGGUAUCUAAACACCUGCAGUGCUCCGUCCAAGAUUAAGAUCCUCGCUGCCCUGCAGGCACUGCACAGCCAGGGUCUCAUACCGAAUACAGACAAGCUUUACCAAGACCUCAUUGACUUGGUGCCCAAAUUUGCGAGACCUAACAUGUCAGCAGGGGAGCGGGCCACGCUUUAUGAAAUGUUGAAUCUGUUGAUGCGCCUGAAAUCUGCCAACUACAAUCUCAUGAUAAAACUUCUCACUCUCCUGGCCUAUAAAAAACUGCGUCUCCGGGAGACAAUCCUGCGCAUGCUGACAGCAUUAGGUGUGGAUGAGGCUGAGGAGUGGCUGUGGCCGGAGCUGGAGAGCUGGGACUCUGAGCUGCAGAAACAGUCUGACAUCUGGAAGAGCCUCCAUGGCAGAGCGGAUUGUUGGCUGGAGUUAUGGAUCACCAAAUACAAAGGACAUAACAAGCAUCUGUUCCUCAAGAGUACAGCAAAGUGUAAGCCACCAGCCUUCACCGUUGUGGAAGUGCUGAAUUACUUCUGCUCUGUCCAAAAAGAGGAGUACAAAAAGGCCCAAUAUGUCGCACCCACUGGUCAGAAAAACACAGUACUUUUGCCCUUGUAUGACUGUAGCUCCCAACCAAUCCUCCGUCUAGGAGAGACUUACAGCAUGGCCAGGAUACGCAGACCCCCGGGUAUAAUUCUGCCUCCUCUGCAAAGUCGCCCCUUUCUCAUGCACUUUCCAAAUUUCAUCUCUUUGCCGUUACCUCGAGUCACUCUGAGCCCCUUUCACAUCUCCUCAGACGAGGACUGGCUGAAGGCCUCACCUCACCGCUACUUCAUUCAGCAGCAGUCUUAUGUGGACUACUAUAGAUGAUGCCUUUUACCUUCUGUAACAUUCCCGUUAACACCGGAUGAGCUCUAACAAACAUCAUAUUAAAAUGUUACUUUUGGCAAUUAAAAUGACUCUUUAAACUUUGCUGUAGGAUUGAUUUAUUGUCUGAAUCAGCAUAUAAAUGCAUUCAUGUGGUACAAGAGUGAUUUGGUACGUUCAUUUCCUGAUGCUGGUGGUACGUAGGACUCAUUAAAAAAGUUGAAAAAUCAUAAUCCUUACCCUUUUUAAACACAUAUUGAAGAAAUAUAGCAGGACAAGUUUGUAAAAUAAAGCAGCACAAACAUGAAUACAUCAUCAGUGAAUGAAAAAACAAAACGCAGUCAAUAAGUACGCAAGUCAGAGGAACCUAAAUAUUUUGCAGUUACAAUCAUUUCCUAUUUAAGGAAAAUUAUGCAAAUAUUUAGCAAACAUUCACCAUAAAGUCAGACACUCAAACAUACGAGAACAAUGGUUACUGUGCAGUACGCACGCAGUAGCUCAUCAGAUAUUUGGAUAAUUACCUCGUAUAUAGAAAAGUAGGCAGACAGAGUGUAAACUUCCCAACUAUCUUGCUGACCUGAUUGUAAAGCAUGAACUCAUUUUUGGUACAAAAUCAGCAGCGAUUAAUAUGCACCAAUUCCAUUCAUACAGUCGUCAAGUGAACAUAUUGAUUGACCUUUUGAUUAAAGUGUUGUAUACCUGUAUUAUCUCUGCCAAGAAGUAAGGUUAUAUCAUCACCUCCUUCUGUCUGAGUGCAUGUGACCAAUAAAUCUUGAAAACUGCACAUUCCCAUAUUCCACAAAGAAGAAACCUUAUUUCACGCUCUGCUGUCAGCUCAUUGAGCCGAACCUUGAAAUCCAUUUUCAAAAUUAGCCUCUAAACCGUAAGUCAUAAACACACAAUAUCGGCUGAUCACAUGCUCCCAACAAGAAUAAACCCUUCAAUUUGUUGAUCCAAUGACCUUUUCCCUAGUGCCACGGUAACAGGGAUAUUACAGAGCCUUGGCUGAUGUCUGCAUUGUAGAUUGCUGUCUUGCUACUUUGUUCCAUUUACAUGUUUUUAACAGA